CUGCGGCGUCGAACCAGACAACGAACCAGACGACAAUGAAGAUCAAUCUGGUGGUGGCGAAGGACGGAAGCGGAGAAUUCACCCCCAUAAACGAUGCACUAAACGCAGCGCCGAACAACAGCAACACGAGAUUCGUGAUAUACAUAAAAAGAGAAGCGUAUUUCGAGUACAUCGAGGUUGUAAGAGCGAAGACGAUGAUAAUGUUCUUGGGAGAUGGGAUUGGUAAAACUUUGAUCAAAGGUAACAGAAGCGUUGUCGACGGCUGGACUACCUUCAGAUCUUCUACCGUUGCUGUGGUUGGAAACGGAUUCUUAGCGAAAGGCAUCACCUUCGAGAACUACGCCGGGCCAAGCAAACACCAAGCCGUGGCUCUUCGCAGCGGCGCCGAUUUCUCGGCUUUCUACCAAUGCAGCUUCGUCGCCUACCAAGACACGCUCUACGUCCACUCCCUCCGCCAGUUCUACCGCGAGUGCGACGUCUACGGCACCGUCGACUUCAUCUUCGGCAACGCCGCCGUCGUCUUCCAGAACAGCAACCUCUACGCCCGAAAACCCGACCCCAACCAGAAGAACAUCUUCACUGCCCAAGGCAGAGAGGACCCCAAUCAGAACACCGGAAUCUCGAUCCUCAACUGCAAAGUCGCCGCCGCCGCCGACCUGAUCCCGGUUCUCUCCCAAUUCAGAACCUUCUUAGGCCGGCCGUGGAAACUCUACUCGAGAACCGUUUUCAUGUUUUCGAACAUGGAGGCUGUCGUGGACCCCAAGGGUUGGUUGGAAUGGGACGGCGAUUUUGCUUUGAAUACUUCUUAUUACAGAGAGUACAAAAACCGUGGGCCCGGAUCUAAUACGACCGCUAGGGUGACGUGGACUGGUUACGCAGUUCUUAAUAGUUCGACGGAGGCCAGUCAGUUUACCGUUGCCAAUUUCAUUCAGGGUAACCAAUGGCUGCCGGCCACGGGGUUUCCGUUCUUUCCCAAUUUAACGGCGACCUGAGAUUCUUUUUCCAGGUACCGACAAGUUCUCCGGCAUGGAUUAUAGCUAAUGUAUUUUUCUCUGUCGGACAUUUGUUUGAUUCGGUUAACCAUUUUAUCGAAGAAUUUUUCACU